AUUUGACGUCACAUCCGCCGUAAACAACAAUACGGAAGUGGAAACAGAAGUCCCGAGGUGCAAGCAAAAGGCAACAGUCACACUAAACAAGUGAUUUCUAAUUUUCUUCGCGCGCAAUUCGGAAUUAUAAUGCAAUAGUUUUUAUUUUUCACAAGCGACACUAGCGAUGGAGGGCUCCAAGUCGUCGAGCACAACCAUGCAGGUCAGCUUCGUGUGUCAGCGAUGCUGUCAACCGCUCAAACUAGACACGUCAUUCAAUGUGCUUGAUCGGGUUACAAUCCAGGAACUUAUUGCUCCUUUGGUCACAGUGACCCCCAGCAAACAGGCUGACAGCACGGAUGGGGAGACAGCACCAGAGGAGACCUUUGCAGAAAACAAGCCUGAUGGAGUGUCAAGAAAAUAUAUCCCUCCCGCACGGAUGAUGUCCACAGAGAGCGCCAACAGCUUCACACUGAUUGGAGAAGCAUCGGACGGUGGCACCAUGGAAAAUCUCAGUCGCAGGCUAAAGGUGACCAGUGACCUUUUCGACAUCAUGUCGGGCCAGACAGAUGUAGACCACCCACUGUGUGAGGAAUGCACUGACACCCUGCUGGAUCACCUGGACACGCAGCUCAACAUCACAGAGAACGAAUGCCAGAAUUACAAGCAGUGCCUGGAGCUGCUGUCACACCUGCAGGUGGAGGGAGAGGACACCCUGCUGGCAGAGCUGCAUCACCUAAAGGAGGAGGAGGAGGCUCUGGUCCAGGAGCUGGAGGCAGUAGAGGAGCAGAGGGCUAGUGUGGCCCAGGAACUGACCCAGAGCAGGAUCUACUCUCAGCAGCUGGACACAGAGGAGCUACAGUACCAGAAGGAGUACAGCGAGUUUAAACGACAACAGCUGGAGCUGGAUGAUGAGCUGAAGAGUGUUGACAACCAGAUGCGUUACUGCCAGAUUCAGCUAGAUCGCCUGAAAAAGACCAACGUCUUCAAUGCCACAUUCCACAUCUGGCACAGUGGGCAGUUUGGCACCAUCAACAACUUCCGCCUUGGUCGACUCCCCAGUGUCCCUGUGGAGUGGAAUGAGAUCAACGCAGCCUGGGGACAGACGGUGCUGCUGCUCCAUGCUCUAGCCAACAAAAUGGGCCUGCAAUUUCAGAGAUAUCGUCUGGUCCCAUAUGGAAACCACUCAUACUUAGAGUCACUGACAGACAAGUCCAAGGAACUGCCCCUGUACUGCUCAGGUGGCCUGAGGUUCUUCUGGGACAAUAAAUUCGACCAUGCCAUGGUGGCCUUUCUGGACUGUGUCCAGCAGUUCAAAGAGGAGGUGGAGAAAGGAGACACUGGCUUCUGCCUUCCAUACAGGAUGGAUGUGGAGAAGGGCAAGAUCGAGGACACGGGUGGCAGCGGCGGCUCCUACUCCAUCAAAACACAGUUCAACUCUGAGGAGCAGUGGACCAAGGCGCUCAAGUUUAUGCUCACCAACCUAAAGUGGGGACUUGCUUGGGUCACCUCACAGUUCUACAACAGAUAAAAUUGAUGGACAAUGUCUUGUGCUAUUGAUUAGUCAUAUUUUCCUCUGAUGAAUGGAUUUUCUGUAAAUCUUAUCAUUUACUUGGCCAAAGUAAAAAAACAACAACAAAAAACAAGGUUUUUAGUGCAAAAGAAGCACAGAGUAAUGUUCUAGCUCUUCAGUCCAGAUUGUCUGUUUUUACAUGUUACACUAAGAGGGGAUACUCUACAUCUAUUUUAAUGGAAAGUAGAGUUUAUAAAGUGUAGGCCUACUCUGGAAGCAGUAAAGACAGGCACAGGUUUUAGUCACGUCCCUCAAAGCAAGCAGGAUAAGAUUACGUAUGCGUCUGUUUUAGUUUUAUCAUCUGCUUCACUAAUUAACUUCUGGCUUUCUUUGAGGCGCUGACAUUGCAUUAAGAUAACUUCUCGCUUUCUCAGACUAGAAUGUAAUUUAAAAGAUAUCUUUACCAAAUUCACUUCAAACCACUUGAUCAAGUUCAAGGUGUCCUUGCUAUCCUGUUGCACUUCACACCUUUUAAAAUCACUGUGUACCUUUCUCCACAGUAAGAAAAAAAGAUGUCCCAAUUAGAUAAGCUGUAACAGUAUGAUGUUAUAAUUGUGGUCCGCGUUGGAUCUUUAUUAGAUUAACACCGUUUGGUAUUCAACAAGAGUGUCAGUAUUUAUAACCUCCGCUGCAGUUAUCACUUGUGCCAGUUUCAUACGUUACAGGCACACUGAUGCUGCUUCCUUGUUUAUACUCCAGACCCCAUCACAUGGAUUUGUCUUAGGUAUGAUGGAUACUUUUAACAGUGGUAUUUGAGUUAAUAAAACAUUUCAUGCUGUGAAAA